AUGUUCCUGGGCCGCAAUGGAAAUCUUGGCUUUACGGUCGACUUUAAAUGGCAAGACCAGUAUGGCGACGUCGUUCGAGUACGAGCAGCAUUGGGAGAAGAUCUCCUCCUGGUUUCCGAUCCCAAAGCGCUUCAGUAUAUAUACCAGACUAGCGGCUAUAGGUUUAUCAAACCCCCAGGUCGGAAAGAAAUCGGGCGAUUGACUGUCGGGUCGGGAAUUUUCUCUGUUGAAGGUGAUGUCCACAAGAGACAUCGUAAAGUUCUCCUUCCUGGUUUCGGAGGACCUGAAACCAGAUUUUACGCGCCGGUAUUUUUCACACAUGCUGGGAAGUUGGUAUCAAAAUGGAAGGAGCUGAUCUCCACUUCCGACAACCAGUCUGUCGUCAUCGACAUUCCUUCGUGGACGUCCCGUGCAACGUUGGAUGCCAUCGGCGAGGCGGCAUUUGAUUAUCAGUUUGGUGCCCUCGACAACUCAUCCAAUCCUCUAACCAUCGCGUACACAAAUCUAUUCUUUGAUAUCUUUGCCGUAGCCACGGACAACAGCACCCUAUCACUGAAUUUGAUGGAAUGGCUUCCUAUGUGGUUUUUACGACUUGCUGUGAGGAAGAUCCCAAUCAAACGACUGAAGCAUGCGAAAAUGGUCCGCGACUUAACUGGUCAUGUCGCAAAGCAGUUGUUAAGUGAGAAAUAUACUGCACUUGCUGAGGGAAACCCAAACAGGGAUAUCAUGAGUUUGCUGG